GCUCAUUGUCGAUGGUUGGUUGGUGGCAUAUAUAUUGACGUUUCAGUUUUUAGGGGGCGGGUAUGAUUAUUACUUUCGGCACUUUUAUCAGUAAAAAAUGCGAUAUCUGCCCUUUUUAGACUAGGAGGCUAUUCUUUUACUUUUCAAAGCUGAUGUACUUGAUAAUAGCACGACAGGCCUAAUUCACCAUGAUCGGGGGCCUGUUCGUGUACAACCACAAAGGCGAGGUAUUGAUCUCGCGGGUGUACCGCGAUGAUAUCGGCCGCAAUGCCGUGGACGCCUUCCGCGUGAACGUGAUCCACGCUCGCCAACAAGUGCGCUCGCCCGUCACCAACAUAGCGCGGACGUCCUUCUUCCACAUUAAGCGCGCUAACAUCUGGCUAGCGGCCGUGACCAAGCAGAAUGUGAAUGCUGCCAUGGUGUUUGAGUUCCUACUGAAGAUCAUUGAUGUGAUGCAGUCAUACUUUGGCAAGAUCUCCGAGGAGAACAUCAAAAACAAUUUUGUUCUCAUAUAUGAGCUGCUUGAUGAGAUCCUCGACUUUGGAUACCCCCAGAAUUCUGACACCGGAGUACUGAAGACCUUUAUCACUCAGCAGGGCAUCAAGUCUGCCUCCAAGGAAGAACAAGCACAGAUCACUUCACAGGUGACAGGUCAAAUCGGAUGGCGGCGCGAAGGGAUCAAAUACAGACGCAACGAACUAUUCCUGGACGUCCUGGAGUAUGUCAACUUACUCAUGUCGCCACAAGGUCAAGUGUUGUCAGCGCACGUGGCUGGCAAGGUGGUGAUGAAGUCCUACCUGUCCGGGAUGCCGGAGUGCAAGUUUGGUAUCAACGACAAGAUUGUUAUGGAGGCCAAGGGGAAAGGGAACGGCGGUAUAUCGGGCAACACCGACAGCGACGGGGCGCGGUCGGGCAAGCCGGUGGUCGUGAUCGACGACUGCCAGUUCCACCAGUGCGUGAAGCUCAGCAAGUUCGAGACUGAGCACUCCAUCUCCUUCAUACCACCCGACGGGGAGUUCGAGCUCAUGAGAUACCGCACGACAAAGGACAUAUCCCUGCCAUUCCGGGUGAUACCUUUGGUCAGAGAGGUGGGCCGCACCAAGAUGGAAGUGAAGGUGGUCCUGAAGAGCAACUUUAAGCCUUCGCUCCUCGGGCAGAAGAUCGAAGUGAAAAUCCCCACGCCAUUGAACACGAGCGGAGUUCAACUGAUCUGUCUCAAGGGGAAGGCAAAAUAUAAGGCGUCCGAGAAUGCAAUUGUUUGGAAGAUCAAGCGCAUGGCGGGUAUGAAAGAAACUCAGUUGUCGGCGGAGAUCGAGCUGCUGGAGACCGACACGAAGAAGAAGUGGACGCGGCCACCCAUCUCCAUGGGCUUCGAGGUGCCUUUCGCACCUUCCGGCUUCAAGGUCCGGUACCUGAAGGUGUUCGAGCCGAAGUUGAACUACUCUGACCACGACGUCAUCAAAUGGGUGCGCUACAUCGGACGCUCCGGACUCUACGAGACCAGAUGCUGAACACACGUGACGCUGCCGAUUGUUUGGACAACCGUAAAAUGCUCUAGGUAAUGGCAUGUUACAUAAAAUAUUAUAUUGUAUGUAUAACUUCACUUAUACAAACUACGGGAUGCGAGUUACACUCAAAUGUUUUAUUUUUUUAAUUUUAUUAUAGCUAUUGUAUGAACUCUGGUAGUUUAUUUAAAUUUUGUGCUAAAUGUGUUUUGAUUCUCAGAUAGAUAGAUAUUCAAAAAUAUCAAUCGAUAAUUUAAAAACGAGGUUCUUGUCGAUGGAAUGUUUUUCUGAUUUUAAAAACAUGUACAAAAGCAAAUCAUUUAUUCGGAAAUUAGACCUUCACAGGCACUUUUUCACGUCAUAUUCCAAAUUAAAUAAUAUUUACUAAAGCUACAAACUACUAGCUAUAUAGCAUUUCGGAACGACCGCUGCUGAGAAGAAGUGCCGAAAGAAACUCGUUUAAACAAACAAGAAUAGUCUGUUUUAGAAAUUUGCAGAAAUAAAUAUAUCUUUAUUAUAAAGUCGUUCGAAAAGUUAGCGACAGAAAAUAAACUUCAUGGACCAUUUUUCCGCUUUUAUUUAAAACGAAUAUUUGGAAUUUUAGAUUUAGAAAAUGGAUUCUCUUUACUGUAUGUUUCAAAACAUCAUUAGAGAUUUUGAAAACACGUUUUGCACAAAAUAAUUCUAAUCUGUAUAACAGUAUAUGAUAUAUUUAAUAUAAUGUAUAUACGCAUCGAAUCUCAAAAUCUAUAUAUUAAUUGUAUAUUUUGGUUUGAUGCUCUCGUAAGGACAUGUUCCUAACUAAAAUAUGAUUUAAAUAAAUACUUAAUAUAUCUUAAACAUAUAAUUUAAAUGACCUUGUAUUUUUAUCUGUAUAAAAGUUAUAGUAUGUCGAAUUUUAAAUCUUCCAGUUUUCUUUGCAAAAUGAUUAAAUUAAGUAUACAUUCAGUUCUUUUUUAUAUGAUUGAAGAAUAAUAUUUCAUCUAUUCACAUUUGUUUACAAUGUUGAGAUUUGUCUACAACCAUAUUAAUUUAUUUAUUGACUUAAUUAAAAUAAAUUUAUGCACAUUUUUUUUAUAAAUAGGCUUUUGGAUAGCUUGAAGAAUCUAAUAUUUUAAAAACAGGCCUAUGAUUGUAUUAAUCUAUUUCUGUGCAGAUAUCAUUCUAUACAAAACAUAAGAAUAUUUAUUUAUCAUUUACACAAAAAUACUAUUCAAACUUGCAAUUGAUUGAAAUUCAAUAAAUUGGUAACAUUUU